UGAUCUGUGUAUCGAGUUUCAAUAGGCUAUGCCUUACAAACUAGUCGUUCCCUUCAACAUUUUAAGAGCACUAGAAUAAAACGUUUGUAUUGUGCCCACACUGAAAAAAAAAAGUCAUCAAACUGUUAUUCAAAUUCGUUUUCUUUUAGAUUCUACCAUUGACAGGGAUAAUUUUUUGUUUGCUUUUUUUUUUUUCAAAUGUUUCUGUUAGUAAUAGUGUGCCAGAUUAACUAAAAUGUUACAAGCCAAAUGAAACAUUCACUUUUGAAAUCAUCUAUUUCUUUUUUACUAUGGAAAGACUUCGUUCCAUUAUCAAAUUUGCUCUUCCUGCAAUUAGUGAGGAUUCUCUGAAAAACGUGGUCCAGCGGUUAGGCAAUUGUGGCGUGGAAGAAGAAGGUGACCUCAAGUUUAUACAAGAAAAUGAUCUUGUAGGAAUUCUGAAGCCAGUUCAGUGCAGGAAGUUACUGGCUAUCUUUGUGAAUCUUGAGCCCUUUGAAAAAUCCUUACAAGAUGGAGUAACAGCUUCUGAUAAAUCACAUAGGCCUACAGAUUUAAAUUCUCAAGCAACAAAAACGUUAAGCUCCAAGUCCAGAAACUCAGAAACACCAGUCCUAGAGGCUAAUCCUGAAAUACAGAAUAAUGAAACACAAUUAACAGCGCACAAUCUUCCAUCUCAAGUUUCAACUACACAAGAUUCUAUGGUUUAUAUCUAUCCAACAAAAGAAACACCAAAAGAUAAUUCUGAGCAUGUGGUAGCAAUGUCAGAAAGCAAGUCUCUCCAAGAAACAAUUGAAUCAUGCCCGGAUCAGGAAGUAUUAAGCAGUUGUCUAAGGAAACAAACUGAAUUUGUUCCAAAAACUACAAUUUCAAAAACUGAAGCCAAUGAAGUCAGAGAUUAUAGAAAGUCUGUAAUAAGUGUCAUUUUUCGCGAGGCAAUGACAGACAAUUUGGAAUGGUCAGAUACUGACAGCAUAGAAGGUUCUGAAGAUGAAGAUCAAAUCUUUGAAGACCACAUGACAGCUGACACUGAAGCACUUUUGCCAGAUUCCAAAGCCACACCAUUUAUGCUUGCUGCAAAAUUAAUGAUGUCAGAGUUCUCUUAUCUCGAAAAGUUGGAACUCUUGUACACUAAUUUUUUCUUAGAAUUAAUUAAAGAAAAUCUCAAAACCCCUUUCAUGGAGCCUGACACAAUCACUCAUAUUUUCUCAAACAUCGAGACGAUAUACCUCUUCCAUAAAACUUUUUUACUGCCACAACUGGAGGACAGAGUUAAAAACUGGUACCAAGAUCCUAAGCUCAGUGAUAUUUUGAGAAAAAAUGUUCCAUUUUUAAGGAUAUAUAUUGAUUAUAUCCAAAACUUCCCACAAGCUAUGAAUCUUUUACAAUCUUUGCAAAUGAAGUCAACUCAUUUUGUGGAAUUCGUUGAUAAAUUAAUGAAAUACUCUAAAUGUGACACUGUUUCACUGAAUGAUCUCUUGAAAGUUCCUACUGAAAGGCUAUUAAGUUAUGUCCAAUUAAUUAAAGAAUAUGUUAGCGUUUUUCAAAAAGAUUCCACUGAAUUUUUUCUUGCCAAUGAGGCCUUGAACUUGCUUUUAAAAGUUGCUCACAGCUCUAGUGAAGCUAUGAAAAAUCAAGAAUCAUUUUUAGCUCUUUUAGUUUUGAGUAACAAACUAACUGGAAUCCCCCAAGACUUUAUCACCCCAACCAGGAAACUUAUAGCUGAGGGACCAGUGAUGGAAGUAUCAACACGGGAUGGAGAAACAUUACGUCAACUUAUCCUGUUUAAUGAUUUGAUUUUGGUAUGCAGCCAUGACUAUUCAACUGAUAAAUAUGCAGUAUGGGCUUAUAUAGACAUGAAUGGCAUUGAGUUAAAGUUGCUGGAUUACACAUUUGAGUUAUCCAAUGAAAUGAUCAAAAUUGAACUGAAUGACAAGUCCUCAUUUGGCUGGAUACAGAUAAUUGAUUCAGCAAUAAAAAACUAUGAAGCGAGGAAACUACAGAGACAGUCUGCUUUAAACAACAUCAGCCUACAGUUUUAUGAUGAGAGCGCAUCCAGUUAUCUUGGUAAAAUACGACCAGUCUGGGUUCCUGAUUAUGUGGCUACUACUUGCAUGAUAUGUCGGAACAAAUUUACUUUUGUCAACAGAAGGCACCAUUGCAGAUCUUGUGGAAAGCUCAUUUGUAAAUGGUGUUGCAAGAAAGCUCCAAUAGAAUACAAGCAAUCAAAGAAAAGAUUAGUCUGUGAUGGCUGCUUUCUUGUCAUCAGCAAAAACCUACAUGAAAAUCAAGAUGAAUCCAGUAGUGCUGUACAAAUUUCCGCUCCCCACAGCAUUUCUCAUAAAUCUAGCUUCUCCUCCAAACUUUCCUCAUUUUUGCCAGCAAGCAAUAGACAAAGCACCAAGUCUGCUCCAAAUAAAGCUUCUGAAGUCAAAAAUGAAUUUUCUGUUAGUGAAACUAAGACUGGCACUGAUGCCAAAAGUGAUGGCCCAGAGUUAUCUUCCCUGGAAAGGGAAGUUGGUGAGUUAGAUAAGACUGUCACAAGAAGUAAUGAACAUGUGGAUUUUGAACCUACAUAUGAAAAUUAUGUUAGGCCCUCAGCUCUGUCAAUGUUUCAGUCAGAAAAUGAGUCCAUGGUCACUCUUUUAAAACCUGAAAACACUAGUAAAGAAACAGAGGCUUAAAUUUAAAAACUUAAAAUUUUUUUUUUAGUUCAUUUUAUAAAGUAACUUGUAGUUUAUAUAAUUUCAUAGUUAUUUUUACUAAGCUUAUAUCAACUCACUCUGUCUGUCUCUGUUAUUUCUCCAUCACCCAAUCUCAGAUCACGUUGAAAUUUUGCACAAUUAUUUUAUUUACUUGACAAUGCAAGAAUCAAUAAAAAAAAAUUAACCAAUAAGUUAAUUAACUAUUGGUAAUAAAUUUCUUUGUUUGGUAUCGCAAACAAGGGAAAGAAAUAGUACUUGACUGAAAUGGUGGUUUAAGCUAAGGAUGUUAAAAGUUUCUAAAAUUGCUAACUCACCACUGUUCCAAAGUUUUCUGUUAUACCAUCUGAUCAUUGUCUUUUAAUCAUUUCCUUUUAUUUUCUCAUAAUGGUGUGCUAGUAUUUAUAUUUGUUUAGAAAUUAUUAAUAUGUUUGUGAACUAUUUUGGAAGCAUCAUUCCAUUUAUGAACUAGAUAAUGAAAAUAUGGACUGGAUUAUGAAAAUAAUUAGCAUGUAAUACCAUAGGAUUGAAGUUUGGCAGAUGCAGUUUGAACAUUUGAAAUGAUUCAUCCUAAAUUGCUUCUAUCCUUAAGAUCAAUAUCAGCAACAAAUUUGAUGACUGUCUAAUCAAUGCUAAAGCAAAGAUUUGUAAAACAAAAGAUGCAGUUAUUCAAAAUAUAUCCUAUCCUACCAAGAUUCUUUUUUUUUCUUCAAAUGGAAAAUCAGUUUUGCUCUAAAGUGUAGUGUUCCAGAGCAGUGAUUCCCAAACUAUGGCCAGGAGGCCACAUCUGGUCCCCAAUAAGUUCUGUAUGAUGAUGUGGAGAUUAUCAGUUCCAUUGGAUUUGACUAUUUUUUUACGGUGAUGCAGAAUGAAACAGACAAAUGUUGAAAAUACCUUUGAUCACCAUAUAGAAAAAAGACUUGUUUUUGCACGAAACAACCACAAAAAGUGAAGAUACACUUAAGGUAUAAACUUUAGGAUGACAACCUUUUUUUUUUUUUUUUUUGUUAAAAUGUUUUCUUUUAGAAGUUAGUUUUGAUUGUUUUUCUUAUGUAAAAUUACAUUGCUGAUAGCAAUUUAGAAAUUGAACUAUGAAAAGUUACAUUAACUAUAAAACAUUAUAUAUAAGCAAGAAAAGAAUGUCUGUAGAACAUGUAUUUAAUGUAUAUGAAGUGUAUCAAAAUUAAAAUUAACAUUCAUAUCUAG